AUGUGCGAACGGCUGUAUGGAAAAAUAAAAGAGCUGGAGUGCGAGUCGAACCUGUACCUAUCAAACAACAAGGCGCUGUUCGAGAGCAUACACCAGCUGCUGAGGGAAGGGGUGCCCUCCAUCCCAAGCGCCUGCUACGUGGACGACAAGGUGGCGGACAGAGAAACCAACAGGUACGUGCUGACCAAGUACAUUUACGACGCGGAUGACAUCAUUUACAAAGUGGAAGCACACUCGAAGGUAACCCUGGAGAAGCAAACAAGCUUAACAGUAAAAUUAUUGGACGAAGAAUACUUAACAGAUAACGAAGUGGAGGAUAUAUACAAAGGAGACAAUUACAACGUCCUGGACUCAGUGCAAAUAUACGUGGCACAUAGCCAUUUCGAGCAUGUGUGGAAUGAGCAUACCAUGGAAUAUUUUCUCAGCUGUUAUCACGAUGAGCAAAAUUUAAAAAUACACACACAUUUAUUGGAGAAGGAGGAAUUCGGCUACGACAUACAAAUCGAGUUAUUUGAAGUGCCGAGGACUCCAGAGAAGAUGCUCCUCGUGGCUAGUCACUUGUCAAAAAUACGAGAGGCUUUACAGUGUGGCCCUUUCAUGCACUUCUUCCUAUCCAAAACACAUGUACAGGAAAAUUCUUUCGCUAAAUUUAUAAUCAGGCGUAAUGAAGUUAUAUAUGUGCUCAAGAAAAACGACUACGUUUUGGUGAUUCUAUCUGUGCACUAUGUUGAUAGGCAUGACCGCUGUAUCGUCCUGGGGGUUUGCAAAAAUAUUCACGCCACAACAAAGUCGAUGGAUUUACAUGGGCAUUUGGACUUUUCCUUUUACGCUGACUUCCCGGCGCAUUUGGUGCCUUCAGAGUUGUUCGUCUACGAGGGGGGCGAAGGGGACGGCGAAGGGGACCGCCGCAAUUAUGACCCCUGCAGGGGGGGGAGCGGCCACGCGGGUAGCGGUGAAGCUGGCGAGGAGACCGCGGGUGGCGGCGCCAACGUGGCUGCUCCCCCCAACGUCGGGUUCGUGGCCAUCAAAAUGGACGCCAAGUUGUUCGACGGCUGCAAGGACUUCUCCGAGCUGAUCCAGAUAUCCAGUAGGGUGUCCCACAUCAUCGUGUCCUUCCGGGAUUUCCUCAACAACGCCGUAGUGCUCUACCGAAUGCGGCGCCGGAGGGCCGUCUAA